AUGGCUGACAGGAGAAACCCAAAUAAAGCUGUGACUGGACAGAGUGGGAUAUCUGCCGAAGAGCUGCUGCUGGAUAUACUGGAAGAAGAAGGUGGCACAAAAGAAGAGGAAGAGCAAAACAGAGAGGUAGAAGUCAGCAUUAGACAACCAUCCCCAGAAGGACCUGAUGGUGCCAAGUUACCAUCCAAAUGCUGUUCUUAUACUUUUAGGAGAAAUAUCCCCAUUACUACAAUUGACUCCUACAUAGAGACAAGCGUGGAAUGCCCCAAACCUGGAGUCAUUUUUGCCAUCAAGACAGGUCUUCGUAUCUGCGUGGAUCCUCAGCUGAGCUGGGUGAGGAGUGCCAUGAAAGCAGUCGAUGAGCGUGAUCUAUACAAAAAAAAUGAACAUCGCGGUCAUGUGUUGUUUUAACCCAACAAGUUGGGUUAUUUGUUUAACCCAGCAUGCUGGGUUGCUUUUAUGAUUUAAAAUUACUAUACUGCUGAACCCAAAUUGAGCUAGAAAUUAAACCUACAAACCUUGCUCAUUUUAAAAUCCCUUUUACACACACACAGAAUGACUAUCAAAAUGUAAAUAUUAAUUUAAAGAAAACAGUCAAAAGUAACAUGCAUGUAAGAAGAAAUGCUGAAAAGUAUGAAGCAUUUGUUGAAUAUAUCUUAAGAUCAAAUGUAACGUUUGUGGUAAAUUUUGUCAUAUACAUUUUUUUUUCCAAAAAGCUAUUACCGUAAUUCCUCAAAUAAAAGCCAGGGCCUUAUUUACCUGAACUGCAAAAGGUAACAGGCUUUUAUUGGAGGCAGGCCUUUAUUUCUAAUUCCAUCUGUUUGAUAAGUAAUUGUUUUGAAUAAACCGCUUUAAACUAAAAGCGAUAGUGUUCCAGUGGACAGAGAUCAUAACAUUAGCACAGAAUCUGUUCAGAAUCAGUCACCAAAAGAAUCAGUUCGGUUCAGACGUGCUCUGUGUUAUUCUGCUCCACGCGUGUUCGUUCGUUAUUUGCCCCUGAUGAUUAUCCACACAAAUUUACCCCCGGCCUUUAUUUAAGACUAGCCUUUAUUUGUCUGUGUUGACUACGCCCCCGGCCACUAUCAGAGGCCCGGCAUUUAUUUGACUACCGGUUUUAAUUUGAGGAAUUACGGUAUACAAUAAUUGCAAAUAGUACAAUAGUUUUGUAAACUUCUUUACAAAACUAUUCUGGCAUGACAGUAAAUAAACCUCAACAUUAACACUGAUGUUAUAACAUUUAUCAGAAACAUGUGAAAGAAUGUGAGCAUGUGUAUGAAUGACAGAGUAAACUCAAUUUCUACUAAACAACGCUGAAAAGGCAUUUAACAUUUUGUUUUACAAAUUAUACACCUACAGUUUGUUUCAUAGUCCAUGAAAAUAGAUGAGGCAUCUCUGCCAAUUUUCAUGAUCUCUUUAGCAUAACUGAUGUAGUCAUGAAGAAGCCCCAUCAGCACAGCAUGUGACAUCAUCCUCAUCCAGGGCAGCGUCCUCCUUUAAAACCAGUCCUGCAUCAGCUUAGGGGAAAGGACAUUCUCUUCUUUGACCAGCGUUCAUCAGUCAACACCUGUUCUUCAUCAGUGGCCUAAAAAGAGAAACCCAUUUGAAAAAAGAAAACUUUUAAUAAAACAUUUUCAGAUAGAGGUGUAUUCACAUCAGUACGGAUAGGUAAAUAGUCUGUUUUAUAAUUUCAAUACUUUGUGUGGUUGUUUAAUGUCUCCGUCCACCACAGCGCUCGAGAAUGCUAUAAUGGAAGCACAAGUGUGAGGGCAUGUCAUAUUGUAUAAAUAAAUAUUGUUUUCAGAACAAGGAUAAUCCUAACAAGGAUAUAUAUCAUAUGCAAUAUAAUUAAUUUGUAAAUUGCAAUAAAAUAUGC